CAUCUGAUGGUAACAGCUUUCGGUCGCUAGAGACGCGGGCCCGGUCUGUGUCUCCGCGUAGCCGUACUGAGCUCCAGAUCCCGUUCCCGUUCCCUGAGCCGCCCGGUGCGCUGACCUGGAUUCUGCAAGGGCCCCGCAUUCAGGCUGCAGUGCUUCCCUGAUGGCGCGCGUCUCUGUCCAAGCUGGCGCUGGCUUGCUGCUCAACGAGACUCUUCCCUGCUCCUUGCUUGUGCCUCACUUUCCCCACCUGCAACAAGGGAACGAUAAUGAGGCUUAAUUGGCUUUGUUAAUCUUUGCAAACUGCUUUGAGAAAAUGCCAGAGAAGAAGCUGUGAUGCUGUUUCCACUGCGCAAGGGCAAAGAAUGGGUCAUGUAGAAGAGCAGAUUUAAUGUGAAGAUGGGACUGCUGGUGUUUAUGCGUAACCUGCUGCUAGCCCUCUGUCUCUUUCUGGUGCUGGGAUUUCUUUAUUACUCUGCUUGGAAGCUGCAUCUUCUCAGAUGGGAGGACUCAAAUUCAAUGGUUCUUUCCUUUGACUCCGUUGGACAUACAAUAGGCUCAGGAAGGAGAGAGAGAAAAACUGUGACUCUCGUGCUUCCGCCGUCCAACCCAUCACACCCUGCUGCAGACCCAGGAACAGACAGAGCCCAGAAAGAAACCAAAGAACCCAUGGCUGCUGCGGGCCCAGCCAUUCCCAAAUAUGACAAACUGGGCUUUCUCCUGAACCUGGACUCAAAAUUGCCUCCAGAACUAGCAUCAAAGUACGCAAAUUACUCCGACGGGGUUUGCAAGCCUGGGUAUGCGUCAGCGCUCAUGACUGCCAUCUUCCCAAAGUUCUCCAAGCCAGCACCCAUGUUCCUGGAUGAUUCCUUCCGAAAGUGGGCACGGAUCAGGGACUUUGUACCUCCCUUCGGAAUUAAAGGACAAGAUAAUCUGAUCAAAGCCAUCCUGGCAGCAACCAAAGAUUACCGCCUAACUCCAGCCCUUGACAGUCUCAGCUGCCGGCGCUGUAUCAUCGUGGGAAAUGGUGGAGUACUUGCAAACAAGUCGCUGGGGUUGAAAAUCGAUGAAUACGAUAUUGUCGUCAGGCUGAACUCUGCCCCGGUGAAGGGCUUCGAAAAAGAUGUGGGUGGCAAAACCACUCUGCGGAUUACCUACCCUGAAGGAGCCAUCCAGAAAAUGGAGCAGUACGAGAAGGAUUCCCUCUUUGUUCUUGCCGGUUUCAAGUGGCAAGAUUUCAAGUGGCUGAAAUACAUCGUUUACAAGGAGAAAGUGAGUGCAGCCGAUGGGUUUUGGAAGUCCGUGGCAACCCGCGUCCCAAAAGAACCUCAUGAGAUCCGCAUCCUGAACCCUUACUUCAUCCAAGAGGCAGCUUUCAGCUUCAUCGGACUGCCCUUCAACAACGGCCUGAUGGGCAGAGGGAACAUCCCCACCCUGGGAAGCGUAGCAAUAACCAUGGCGCUCCACAACUGCGAUGAGGUAGCAGUCGCGGGAUUCGGCUACGACAUGAGCUUGCCCAACGCGCCGCUGCACUACUACGAGAACAUCAAGAUGUCGGCCAUCAAGGAGUCCUGGACGCACAACAUCCAGCGGGAGAAGGAGUUCCUGCGGAAGCUGGUGAAGGCCCAUGUCAUCACUGACCUCACCAGCGGGAUCUGAGCUGCCGCGGCCACUGCGUAGAAGGGAGGAAACGGGUCGCCGCAGCGCCGGGAGCAGGCCAUGGGGCAGCCCCCACGGGGUCCCAGGAAACAACGACACAGCCGGGUGCUCCGGGCGGAUUCCCUGGAUUGCCAGGCCGCGCCAACACCGUACCCGCUGUGCCCAGCCCAGGGGCUGCCGGCGGGAGCCGGGGGUGCGUCUGUGAGGGCAGCCCUCGAACUCAGCACCGCAGACAGGACGUCUGCAUCUGGAACUGCAUGGCGAGGACUCCGGAGGGUCCGUGAGCCAGACAACUCGUGCCAAACCCAGCGGCGCUGCCCAGGCAGCAGCGCUGAAUGUACCAAGUAUUAUUUCCUCCCCCCCCAAAAAAACUGCUGCUGAAUCAUGUGACAAGCAGAGCCAGACUGUGCUCUGCCUGCCUGGGAGACUGCCCAUCCGACCCAGACUGGACUCUUGGUGCUGCUACAGUUGGAGGGGACGCGGGGAGAUCCUGGGUGGAGCUGAGCGGGGCUAGCUUGUCUGCGCUCUCCCUGCUCCCCGCGGAGGCAGCCGCGUUCCCACAGCUGCUCGCUUGGACCUGGCUUUGCUCUGGCCUGCCCAGUGGCCAGGUCUCCCCUGCCCCAGCUGCGAUGGCACGAAGGACCCUGGGUCAUUGCGCUGCGGGGCUGCCGUGGGUGCGGCAUGGGGGCAGGGACCGCGGGCAGCCUGGAUCUCAGCGUCUCGGAGCAGCGUGGUGCUUUGGCUCUGCGGGGGCGUAAUUUAUUUUUGCAAGCGAGUCUAACAUCGCGCUGAGCCACAGCUUUGCUACGUGUCCAGGGCAAGUGCCACACACCUGGGCUUGUGUAGCCCCCCCAGCUCAUCCCCUGUCUGCCUCCGCAAUGUCGGCUGGGGGGGGGUCUGCUGGGGGGCGGUUGGGAACCUCGGCAUGUCCUCAUCCCUUCCCUAGGUAAACGGCUUGCCUUGCCUCCACGCCUCGUGGCCUGAGGUGGGGGCGGGCAGGUCGUCCGUCGCGUGUCCCCCAGUGUCCUGGGAGGUGACUCCAGCCACGGGGAACUGUCCUGGGAAGGGGUGCUCGGAGCAGAGCCCCCAACAGCUGCCCCUGCCCCGGCCCCACUCAUCCCCCUGCUUCCCCCCGGGGUUGGGGCCAAGCGUGCAGUCAGGUACAGAACUAGGAGCAAACGGUACGAGCGCCUCAAGGUACGGCCAGGGAUGUCUCAGGUGGGUGUGGCAGCCCCAGGGCCGAGCCGGGGCGCGUCCAGCCUGCUGGGACCUUCCCCUUCCAGUCCUGAGGAACCAGAGGAGCUAGAAACCCCCUGUAGGGCUCACCAGGCCUGGUGGAGCAGGCGUCUGGGCCUGUCUGCCUUCCCCUGCGAGCAGCCCCUUGCCUGCCCCUUCCCUUCCCCAGGGACCAGGCAGCUCGGUGCCCCCAGCGCGUCCCUGGGGGCAGAGCAGGCAACCCCUGCCCCGGCCGGGGCAGGUGCACUGGCUCAGGUGGGCAGAGCUUGCCAGCAGCAGCCUGUCUGCUGGCAGCGGGCUCCGGGGCUGGGGCUGGGGCUGUGCUUCCCUCCCCUCCAUGGCCAGGGCUUGACCUGGACGUGGAGGGCAGCUGCGCAGCACCUUGCCAAGGCCGGUGGUGGCUUCAUGCCAGCCCUCGGCCCCCCCAGACCCCGAUGGGGCAGCACGGACUCCGGGAGUGAGCAGUCUCCAGGGCUUGUCCAGGGACUGAGGUGCCCCCCUUCCCUGUUGCAGUGCCAGCUGGCUCCUGGGGCCGGCAGAAGCAAGCAGCCGGUGUCACCGAGCUCCCCAUGAGCUCACCUGACUUCUUGGCUCCGUGCGGCUGCCCACACCCUGCACCACCAUCCUCCCCGAGCAGCAGCCACCUCCAGUCCCCCGUGCCCAUUGCCAGCAAGAGGGCCUGUGCCCUCCCCUGGCCCCCGGGCUCUGCCCCACUGGCCUCCCAAGGGUGGGAUCCAGAGCCCAAGGUCCAACCCACAGCCCUGGGCUCUGUCUCUCUGGCGCGGGUGCCAGGGCCGUGCAGGCAAGAGGGGGCUCCAGAAAGGCAGCUGUUGCCUGGAGCAGGCGGCCUGUCUUGAGGAGCCCGUACCCUGGUGCUGCUGCAGCUCGUCCUGACCCCCUGGGCAGAGCUCGCUGCUGGUCCUGGCUUGGACCUCGGCUGUGGGCCCUGCCCUGCCCGCGACCCAGGGCUGGGUGCAGGUGCUGCGGGGACCCCCUGGAGCGAGCUCUGGGCAGGAACCUCAGGCCAAGCCGUGGGCCAGGGCAGGGAGUGGGCUCCUGGGCUCUGAGCUCAGCAGCUGCAAGAAGCCAGCGCCUGCCCUGCUCCCUCGCCCGGCCCGAGUGCUGCAGAGAAGAAGCCGCAGGCGCGGCGGAGCAGCUCCUGCCCAGGGCUGUGGUGCGGGGGCCCCGGCGUGGCGGGCGCUGUCGGAACGGGGCCGGACGUGCUGGCACCUGGGACGUGGCAGCGCCUGGCCUCGUCCUUCCUCCGCCUUUCCCUUCCUGGUGUUCCCGGCCUCCUCUCCCGACUCCUCCGAGCCGAGCCUCAGCUCAGCGACCCCCUGGGUGCGGGGACGGGUCUUGUCCUGGGCAGUGUGCGAAGGCUGGGGCUGCUGGGACACGGGGAAGGCGGAGGUUGGAAGCCCAGGCCAGGGUCAGAGGGCAGGGCCUCGGCGGCACCUGGACACAGGGAGGGGGGGUUUUUUAAAUAGUUUUAGUUUCUAUUUUUUUAAGCCCCCCGCGCCAGGGCAGGCGGGGAAGGGGGCACGAGCGCCUGUGCCCAGCUUGUGUCCUGUGGUCCCGGGAGCAAUAAAGCUGUGUGAUGAGC